GUAAAAUGGCAGCUGAAGAAACUACACAAUUACCUUUGACAGCGUUAAAAUUGCCUUAUUUUGGAAAUUUGGACGCUUUCUAGUCUUGUUUUAAGGACGAGAUGCAAGAGGAGGCAAGAUAUCUGAAACGGUAAGCUGUGAACCGUGUGAACUAUUAGUGAAAGUUUCGUUUGACAAGGUCGUUGUCCGCGGUCGGCGGGCGCCUCCUUCAAUUUUUGUCAGUUUUAAUUUCGUUCACUGAUCGAGUUUUAACUUCCUUUAGGAGAGUGAAGGGAGGAAGCAUCGAUGCUCAUCCCACAGAGAAGGCUAUUGUGGUUAAUUAUGAACUGGAAGCUGUUAUACUUGGCCCGUUGGGAGAGCCUAUGUUGGGGGAGCGGAAAGAGUGUCAGAAAGUGUAAGUUAUCACCAUGUGUAAUCGUUCUGUUAGGUUCUUGGCUUGGAACAGUUUUCAUAGGCCGAUGGGCAGGUUAAAAUGACGACUCGUGUAAUGAGCUAGCCUAGUCUUAGACUUUGGUCUUGGGAUUUCUUUACAACUUCAAAUUGUUUUCCUGUUGUAGUGGGCGGUUCAGGCGCUUCAUUCGUUUCCUAGUUACGCUGCUUACUCUGUUUAUCACAUGUACUAUCUUCAUAUGUCUCUGAAGAAUUUUUUAUAUAAUCAUUCGAUUCUUUCAAUCCAGUAUACUACCUGCGAGAAAUCUCUGAAAUAUAAGUUUAAUAUGAAAUAAAUUUAAAGUAAAAUAUAACAUCUAUUGUUGUGAUUGGUGUGAAUUAAAGCACGGUACUAUCUCCAUAUGUUGCAGAACAAUUAUGGAUGAUAUCAAUAAUUUUUUCAAUCCGGUUUACUAACACUGAGAAAUCAGUAAAGUAGAAGUUUUAUAUGCAAUGUACAAUUUCUAAAUUUAAAAUAAAUGGCAUUCAUUAUUAUUGUGAUUACUGUGAACUAUUAAAGCACUUUUACUACAACUUAUGUUGCAGAAGAAUUUUUGACGAUGUUAAUCAAUUUUCAAUCUGGUGUACUACCUCUGAGGAAUCUUUAAAAUAGAAGUUUGAUAUGGAAUACACAUUUUCUAAAUUUAAAUUAAAUAACUUCUUUUGUUGUUGUGAUUAGUGUGAAUUAAAAGCAAUCAAGAAAACUACAUGGUAGCCCAAAUAAAAAGUGUGUUUAAUCAGGAAAUAAAGAACAUUAUGUGUUACUUAUCAACAGAAUUCGUCUUCAGAGUCUAAAUUCCACAACCAAUAUAGCAAAGCUGGCUGCAGAAGUUAUUGAAAAGUGCAAGCUUAUCCAUCCUUCCAAACUUCCUGAAGUGGAACAGUUACUGUACUAUCUACAAAACAGGAAAGAUACAGGAAAAACAAAAGGUGAUCUUAUAGCAACCAGAUUUUUCUCAGAAUAAAGUAGAUGAGAGGAAUGAUGUGUAAUAGCAGUUGGAAGAAAUUUUUUCUAAUACCUAUGAAUUCAUUUAAGCCUAUAAUGGAAGUGAUAUUGUACCAUAUACUUUUGAAUCAGUGAUUAGAGAGUAACUUGUAACCUGAGGUGACUGUACUAUGUUGUUUUGAGUUUUUCUUUCAUGCUUACAAUCUCUUCCAGGUAAAGAGAAAGGAGACAGUCUAAGAAAUGCAGCAGCUGACUUUGAGGGGACUGAGGUAUUUUUUUCUUUUUGGCACAUGCAAUUGGAAAUAGAGUAAUUUAAAUUUAAAUCAUUUGUUUCUAAAAAUUCACAAGCACAUGUAUUGAAUAUUCAUAGGCCUUUCUUAAUUUCUUGAAAGAAACUGCUGUAGGAAGACUUUCUUUGGCAAAUAGUGCCACAUAGACAUCUGAGCUGUGACUGUAGACUUAAACCUUGGAACUAAUUGUUUACAACCAAGUGUCUUAAAUCUGAUCAUUUCAAGCAGCCAAAGUAACUCUUGAUUGUCGGAAUAAAUGCUUUGAAAAUGAUCAAAGUUAUUGUGCUCUGCGCUCAUAUGAGAGGGAAAACUGUAGGCUUGGGCUAGUGUCCACUUAACGCUUUAACUUCCACACCAAAUUUGAAAUUCUCCUUACUGUCAACCAUACAAUUCUUAUAAUGUUUGUUCAGAGAACUUAUUACUGGAUCAACUAAUUAUCUGCAAAUUGAUAGUUUUCUUUAUUAUCAUCAUUUUUCUGGUUGAUAUUGUAUGGAUAUUGUUAGGAGAAUUUCUGUCUUGGUCACUCAUGGCAGUUAAAGGAUUAAAUAAAGUGUUAGUUUAAUUUUGGGUGUAUGUACAGUAAAGGUUUCAUUUUAUCAAGUGAGACCUGAAUUUUUUUUUUUUUUUUUUUUUUUUUUUUUUUUUAAUUAUUAGUCAUGAGUUCUACUUGAAUUUCCAGAGAUUUUAUGCUGCAGAAGCCCUGAAGUUCAUGUUAUUAUUGGGAUUUCUAGGGUUCAGUGAAUAAUUAGAGCUUUUUCUUUACUGAAUCUAGCUAGAUGAACAAGCCAACAUAAAUGACAUAGAGGAGUAUGUAGAGUUACUUUAUGAAGAACUUCCUGAAAAAAUACGAGGAACUGCACUUAUACUACAGCUUUCAAGAAAUCCUGAUAACUUAGAGGAGCUUGCUGGAAAUGGUAUGUAUAAAAAAGUAGUAAAACCAUACAAUCUGGGACCACUUUUGUCACUUUAUUGAAAAAAAAACUUUUUUUAAAAAAAUCCUCUGGAACUUUUAACCAACAUAUGGUUUGUUGGAGAGUCAUGCUUCUCUCUGGUAUUCUCUUGUAUUUAUGGCUUACAACAUAAUUACUUAUGUCAGGUCCCUCUUGGAAAGUGUUUUUUUCACUUGAAUGUAUAGUACUUGCAAGUUUUACGCAACCCUAAAAGUAGCUGAAAAAUUCUUAAUAAUGCCAUAAAAGUGAUCAGUUUACUUGUCUUAUUUGUAGAACCUGUUUUGGGUGCCUUGUCUAGAGUGCUGCGGGAGGAUUGGAAGAAAAGCACAGAACUUACCACCAACAUUGUGUAUGUGUUCUUCUGUUUCUCCAGCUUCUCCCAGUUCCAUUCCAUUAUUAUCCAUUACAAGAUUGGGGCCAUGUGUAUGCAAGUCAUGGAUAGUGAAAUUAAGAGAUAUGAGCAGUGGUCUGCUGAACUGGAAAAGAAGAAAAAUAAUAUCCUUAAAAUGUCUUCCAUAUGGUAACUUUUUUCAAAAUGGUGCUCAGCCUUGUUCUUACCACAGUUUUUACAAGAGGGAAUUUCUUUAGACCAUAUAUUCUCACUAUGCAGGUGGGAAGGAAAAUUUAUGUGACAAAAAUGAAGUUGAUGAAAAUCUUCUUCUCCUGGAUGGUUUGCUGGUUUUUUAUUUCCAGUCAUGCUUUCAUGGAACACAUUGUUCAGAAAUUGCAUUUAAAUUACUGCAGUAAGAGGAACUGUUGAUGUGCGGGAUUUUUCAUUCUCUUCAAGACUUCACAUGUUAGGAGUAAAUUCUAACACACUAGUCCUGCCCUACCUAUAAUUAAAUUAUUACCCUUUUUUCUUUUUGCAAUGGAUUGGUAGUCACUUCAAGUUUUCUUAUCCUUAAUUGACUAUGAGCCUAAAGCUCUGGUUUUUCACUUAACAUGAUAACGUGAUAAUAGAAAGGACUAUGAAAGGAGCUUCAAGAAAUUUCUUGGUCUUGUUAAAAAGCAAGAGCAGCUUCUCAGAGGUAAACCUUAGACAUCACUUCCAGGGGUAUUUCAUUUGUGAUUUUAAACCUUAGAUAUCUUGGGUGAUUCUGGUGGCUCUUAAAAUGGUACACUAAAUAACAUGCAGGGCACAGUCUUGUCUAUUUAGAAGGCUACUUUGUGGAGUACCAGUGAGAAAUAAUCCUCUACUGCAAAAGUGAUUGGGCAAUCAUUGGGAAUCCUGAAAGAGAAUCCUGAAAGGAAAUCCAGCAAGAGAGCAGAAUGUCAUUCUCAUGGAGUAUAGCUCAAGUCCACUUUUACCCCAAAGUUUAACCCUCUACAUCCCGAUGUCAUUAUGCAUAUUCUCCAUACUGUUCUCUAUACAUUUCCUAAGGUGCUGGCAAGGAGAAUUUGUUUUUCUAUCAAGAGUGUCUUUAGUUUUUGAUCAUUCCCUUUAUUCUUGUGACCUUAACAUGUUAUUCAGAGCCGAUAUUGUAGGGAGAAAUGAGAUUCUGGUCACUCUUAGGGGUCAGAGGGGUUAAUUGAUUUGAUUUUUAUAGUUACCUUUAAUUAAUAUAGCAAUAGUCAGUCAUAAUUAAGUCAAGGGUGUUUUUAUAACAUGUAUAAUUGCUGUAUAUUUCACUCUUCUAGUGUUAUCUUACUUGCUUCUAAAUCUGGCUGAAGAUGCAAAGGUUGAGAUGAAGAUGAAAAACAAAGGGAUUGUUUCCAUGUUAGUGCAGCUUUUGGAAAGAGACAAUGUAGAUUUACUGAUUCUGGUUGUCUCAUUUCUUAAAAAGUUGAGUAUUUUCAUGGAGAACAAAGCUGAAAUGGUGAGUCACUAUUUAGUGGGUUGAAAAGUACUGUGCUAAGUCUUUGGAGUUGAGGAUUAGGAAUUGUCAUCAUUAAAAUGUUUUAUUUUUCUUUCAGGCAGAAUGUGGCAUAUUAGAGAAGCUGGCCAACUUGAUUCCACAUUCAAAUGAGGUAUUUAAUACUGAAAUAAAGUAUGGAAAUAUAUUAUUGUAUGGAUGUCAGUGUUUUAUUGAGAACUAAAACACUUGUAGAUUCAUUAUGACCACUUCAUCUGGGAACUAAGUGGCAUAUUUUUCACAUGUAACACAAGUGGCAAUACUGAGCAACAACCUCUUAAUUUCCACAAAAUUUGUUGUGGUGAGCAACAAAGAUGUAAAUGCAUUUUCUAAACUAGAGAAUGAGAAUAGUUAAAGAAAACGCUAUAUGAUCUUGUUUCUAAAAAAAAGCAACAAAAGUAUUUCUUCCAAAAACAUCAGCCAUGUGAUAAUUUGUUUCAUGUCAUCUUACUUUUAAGGAUCUUCUUAACAUCGCACUUCGCCUGCUUCUUAAUCUCUCAUUUGACACCGACCUGCGAGCAAAAGCAGUGAAAGCAGGAAUUCUUCCAAAACUUGUGCAACUUGUUUGUAAGUCCUCAUCUAUAUAACCUUUGGAAUAUUUGAUUAAACAAGUGGAAAGUUAAGUUACAUAAGAGGCUCAGAUAUAUUGUUUUGUUGAUAUGCUGACUUUCUCCUAGUUAUCUUGGGUUGGGUAAGGGCUGUUUUUUUCCCCACUGCACUCUUGUAGCAUGGAAUAAAUAUCACGACAAGUGAGGAUUAGUAUGGCUAAGAUGUGAUUUUUGAUGAAAUGAAGUGUCUUCAUCAUACUUGAUUUACUUUUUCCAUCAUGAAAUCACUCUGGAAAAAAAUUGUAUGCAGAAAAAUUAUCUUUUAUAUGAACAGAAGCAUCAGCACAAAAAAAUUACUUUUUUGGCUACAUCCAAAGGAUCCAUCACACUAAGAGCAUCAAACAAAAAUUUUCAUAUCUUGAUGUUGUUGUUUUUUGUUGAUCUAGCCAAUGAGAUUCACAGUGUAGUGGUACUUUGCAUUCUGUACCACAUCAGCAUGGAUGACAGAUUCAAGUCCAUGUUUACCUACACAGACUGUAUACCUAUUGUAAGUUUUUUUUUCCUAACUGCAUGAGAACUCUGUACAUAAUUUAGAAUGUGCCUCAAAGUUUUCUGUUGUGUAAGAUUUUUCAUACCCCUUGUGAUUUGUUUCUUUUGUCUCAGAUCUGGUGACAACCAUGGAAAAUUUUUGAACUACAUGUUCAUUCCUUAUUGAUUUAAAACCAUGAUUUGAUACUUUUUGAAAAGCAAAACCAAUUUAACUUUUUUGUGAAGUAUUUGACUUCAUCAUGUUUUAACAAGUGGAGCAUAGUUAUUCAACCUUAUAGUCAUUUAGAUUUGUUUCACAUUUUUGGGAGGUACUGCUGUCAAUUUGAGCAAAUGAUUUUCAAAUUUACUUUGAAAUAUUGUUGUAAUACAUUUUUAGUUUAUUACUCUGUGUAAGCACAGUGUAGUUUUCCCUCUUUUUUUAAUUCAUUGAUUAGAAAAACAUGAAUGAUGCUGAAGAUUAAAAAGAAAAGAAAAUAAAAGUAAAUGAAAUACAUUUUCCAUAGGUAUGAAACAAAGAAAAAUCCUGAGUUUGAACAACGAUACGAAGUACAGUAAAUCCAAAUUAUCAUGUAAUACCCCCCACUAAUGCAGCUCUAUAGUUUUUUUUAGGAAUUUAACCCCUUUAUUCCUUUGGCAAACUUGUUUUGUUGACACUAUGGUUGUGCCUUAGAUGAUGCAGAUGAUGCUGGAGUGUCCAGGAGAUCGUAUUGACCUGGAGCUUAUCGCGCUGGCCAUUAACCUGGCAGCUAACAAGAGGAAUGCUCAGUUGAUUUGUGAAGGGCCAGGCUUGAAGCUGCUCAUGAGGAGAGCAUUUAAGUUUAACGAUCCUUUGUUGCUAAAGAUGAUUAGGAAUAUCUCACAGCAUGAGGGACCUACCAAGGCCCAGUUUGUGGUAAGUGAUACUAACCAGUGAAGACCAACUUGGUGAUGCAUAUCUUUUAUAUACUAUGAUAAGGCCAAGCAUUUUGAUUGGGUCUUACUUAUGAUCCACUGGAGGACAGACACAUAGAUGACGUCACCGUUAACAACAUUUUUCUACACACACAACCCACAAUUUCUCCGUUCGCUCUCACGAAGGGCUAACGCUCGAAACGUCAGCUUUAAAAUUCUUUACGGUGGCAAAUUUACGUUAUCAACUCAGCUGAUACUUAAUUACUCUAUUACAACAUUUUUCUACGCCUCGUGUGCUUUUUUUCGAUCUUGCCACAUUUUGACGCCAUACACUGUGUGGAAUCUAUUACUUAACAGACGCACGGCAACAUCGAAUCUACUGGUUAAUCAGGUGAUACUCGUGAAGACCACUCUUGUAAUAAUAAACACGACUGUGUCUGUUUAGGAAUAUAUCGGUGACCUUGCCAACGCUGUACAGAAAUGCCCCGAUGAAGAGUUCGUCUUGGAGUCUUUGGGAAUUUUAGGAAACUUGACAGUGGCAGAUGUGAAUUUUCAGCAGUUGCUAACAGAUUAUGACAUGCUGAAUUACAUUAAAACAAAGCUGAAUCCAGGCGAGUAGAGUCACUAUGUAUUGGGGUGGGUUGUUCAAACCUAGGUAUGAUUGAUGGAUUUAGCUGAAUGGACUUAUUGUGAUUGGCUGCUUUAUCUGUUCGAUUGUAUUGUUCGAUUACAAGGAAUGAAAAAUUAGUAACAAACCAAUGCACCAAUCUUAUUUUAGGAAACUGUAAUGGUUAUGAUUAGAACAGAAAUAAUAUCACUUCUCUUGGCUCAAAGAAUUUCAGCCGCUCUCUUAAGUCCUUCUCUUUGCUUUUGAAAGCCUUGGGAACCCAAAUGACAAACCAGUUUAACCUUGGCCAGUUUUAUUUCGUGAAAUACGUCCUGUUUGCACGCUGUAGUUAUUUCCUUUUUACUGUCGACUUUUUCGUGACUGAUUCAAUCAUGUGAAAUACCUCCUCGUUACAGGUGUAGCAGAGGAUGACCUUGUUCUAGAAGUAGUGAUCUUAAUUGGCACUGUAUCAUUAGACGAUGAGUGCGCCACUGUGUUCGCUAGGGAGGGCAUCAUUCAAAUGCUUAUAGACUUGUUGAAUGGUAAGUCUUCUCUGUCGUAAGAAAAGACCCUUCACUUCAGGGUCAGUUGUAAAUUUUUUAGUCAUUUUAUGUUCCGGGAAGAAACAACCUCAACUUGAAGGAGACUUAAAAUGAAAAUCAAAGAGGUAAAAUGAUAAAAAAGGAAGUAACACUGUUGGCUACAGAUGGAGAAAAUUGACAUAGAUUGCAAUUUACGUAUUCAUUUGUUCUGCAUCUGGGCCUCAUCAGAGAUCUUGGCAAACUUAAAUACAAAAUCAGUGGAAAUUCAAAGAGCAAAUAAGUAGUGAUGAAGUGUAAGGAUGUAAAUAAGCGAAAAGUUAUGAUAUUAAGUAACAGUUGUCUUUUUUAUCUAAGGUCGAAAGAGGCUUCGAAUUGAUUAUUUUGUUGUCUUUUUGUUGUAACAGCUAAACAAGAAGACGAUGAGGUUGUGUUACAAAUAGUUUACGUUUUCUACCAAAUGAUUUUUCACAAGGCGACAAGGGAGGUCAUUGUGAAGCAAACGCGUAUCCUUUAAAUAAACUUGCUUGGGGGAAAAAAAGUUAAUGUGGACAAAAAGAGUUAGAGGGUAUUCAUAACAAUUUUUUGUUACAAAGGACAUGGAUUCAUACUAGUAUGAAGCGGGUGUCUGUUCUAUCCUGCUAGAUGUUUAGCUGUCCAUGUUGUUACGUGAAUGAGAAUGAAUUAGUUGAAUCCCACUUGCAGAAAUAUUCGGGGAAGUAGACUUUAAGUUCUCCUGUAAUUUUACUUAAUACUCUUGUAAGAAUUCGAUACUAAAUCAAUUCUGUCUUUUUAUGAUGUACCUUCUUUCCCGUCAAUUUUCAUUUAGUUUAACUGAAAGGGUUUUAAAAACCUUAACAUUGCAUCUCAGAGGCCCCUGCUUAUCUUAUUGAUCUGAUGCACGACAAGAACACAGAAAUCCGCAAAGUCUGUGACCAGACUCUCGACAUUAUCAUGGUACUGUUGUUGACUUCUUUUUAUUAAGUCGUUUUUUGUUUGUUUGUUUUUUCAUUAACUUCCCAUUAGGAAGGGUGUGCAGUACAGAUGGAUAAAUGUGGGGUGUUUACGUAGCACGACCCCUUCUCCAAUAACUGACCGGCCAGGUUUUGAACAAGGAGUUUUGUUAAGGACGAAAUUGGCUGGUAUCAGUGAAGGACACUCGCCGAGGAAAUUGCAAAGGUUUCAUGCUAACUUCCAGCCUUAGAAAAUAAUCAUAAAAAACCCAUUUUUCAAAAAAAAAACUAGGAUCAGUGUCAGUAUCCGAGGAGCUGCGCACCUACCCCUCCCUUAGCCCAACAACAGUCGACUAAGGGGCAGGGGAGGGGAAGGUGUGCAUUUCUUCAGAUACUGACAUUGAUGCAAAAACUAACCAAUGUGCGUGUGGCUUUUUUCUGUGCUUGCUACACAGUUUUAGUUUGAAGUCGAAAAUGCAGAAACCCGGAAGCAUACACGUGUCAUUGAUCGAACACAGUUGUUGAGUAAGUCCAUGUUAAUGUUUUAGGAAUACGACGAGGAGUGGGCAAAGAAGAUCCAAGCAGAGAAAUUUCGCUGGCACAACUCUCAGUGGCUGGAAAUGAUAGAAAACAAAGUUGUCAUGGAAGACAAUGACAGCCUGAUGUAUGGUGAUGAUUCCUUCAUGGACGGUGAUCCACUCGACAGACCCGAUCUCUUCUAUGGUCAUCCGGGAUACGACGACCCUGUCACGCUAAUGUCGCGUGAAGGAGCCAUGACUCCGGAGUACAUGAUGGAGGAUCCGGGCGAGUUCGGAAUGUUCAACGGAGAAUCGUACUUGAAUCCCGCGGGUCAUCCCGUGAGCCAGUAUGCCAUGGGGCAAUAUGAGGGAUACCCCGAUGACGGAGUAGGGUAUUUUAAUGCAGGGGAAGGGGCCAUGGGGAGCUGGGGACAUUUGAUAGACGACGAGCCUGGCAAGGCACCUUAUGGUCCUCCACAAGGUCAAAUUUCCCGGCCUAGCAGUCGGUAUGGUCGGCCUGUGUCACCAGGUUAUUCUGAAGCUUAUGGGGCUGAGGUAAUGGAGCCUGAAACUGAUAUGUAUGGGAGGCCUGUGUCAAGAAUGAGAUCAAGCUAUGAAGACACGCAGUUUGGUUACAGAUAGUUAUCUGACUUGGUUUGAUCAUUAACCCAAAGUUUUUAUUGUUAGACGUUCCAUUAAACCCUAACCUCUGUGUUAAAGCGAAUAAAAGUUGGCUCCUUUCGAAAACUACAUUACAAUCUGCUUUAAUUGUUUGUAAGAUUUUUUUUCUAUACAUGGCUGCAGCGAACAGACUAUUUAUCUCAACUGUAACUUAUAAAUGUAUAUGAAAAACAGAAAAAAAGAGUACGAUCAUCUCUUAACCCUUAAACUCCUAGAAGUGAUCAACAUGAAACUUCUCCCUAUAAUAUUCUUAUAUUAUCCAGCAAACAGGUAAUGAGAAUACUCAAACUUAUCAGGUAAAGUUGCUACCUUGAUCUUGCGCCAAAUUCUCACAACUAAUUUACAACGAUAUGUGUAGCAGCAAGAGGGAAGAAUAAACAAUCAGAUCUUGGGAGUUAAGGAGUUGAACGAGAGCAAGGUUAGAAUCACUUAUACUCGAACGGAAAACGUAUCGAUCAUGAUCUAUUGCUGUCUGCCUUUUAGCGGGUCGUGCACGAGUGAUGUAAAAUUAUUUGAAUAUGUUUUGAAGAGGAGAACUUUUUCACAUUUUUUCUUGAUUCUUUUCAGUGGUUUUCUCGUUUGCGUUCGCCCUGAGCAUGGUCUUUAGUCUGCCUAAUGCCUUGAUAAAUGUGGUUAAAAAUCACCUGUAAACCCCGAAUUUUCCUGAACAAAUUGUAGAAACGCAACGAUGUUUUUCAAGAUGCCAUGCCAGUGUUUUUUUAAUAACCUCAGAAAUAUGCCGCUUUUUGUGA